AACUGAGUCAGAGCUUGGUCCAUGUAUAAAAAGCUGCAAAUGCUUACUUGCGACUGACAACUCAACUGGACAUUUCUGCCUCAGCUUCCUGAUACACCUGCAAGGAUGGACUUCCAAAUGUUCGCCCUGGUCAUGCUGCUGUUGGCCAGCGUGGAGCAAAGCCUUGCCAGCUGUGUAGUGGACAGCUUCACAGUCAAACAGGACUUCGACCCCCAAAGAUAUGCAGGUAAAUGGUACGCCCUGCAGAAGAAAGAUCCCGAGGGUUUGUUCCUUCAGGACAACAUUUCUGCUGAGUACACUGUUGGAGACGAUGGCGCUAUGGUGGCCUCCUCUCGGGGCAGAGUCACUUUGUUCGGGUUCUGGGUUGUGUGUGCUGACAUGGCUGCUCAGUACUCUGUGCCUAAUCCCGAGAGUCCAGGCAAGAUGUUCAUGAACUACCAGGGACUUGCCAGCUAUCUCUCUAGUGGAGGUGACAAUUACUGGGUCAUUGACACGGACUACGACAACUAUGCCAUCACCUACGCCUGCCGCAGCCUGAAGGAUGAUGGAAGCUGCGAGGACGGUUAUGCCCUGGUCUUCUCCCGCAACCCCCGUGGCCUGCCCCCUCCGAUCCAGAGAAUCGUGCGCCAAAAACAGGAAGAAAUCUGCAUGGCAGGGCAGUUCCAGCCUGUGCUUCAGUCCGGAGCUUGCUAAACAUAUCCCAAACAGCAGCCAUUGAGAACUUCAUGAGUCAUCAUGCCGGGAAUAAAUCCAGCACUCCAUUAAAGCUGACCCAAGAUACAAGAAUAAUCCUGUUACACCUAAAAUUGUAAUCAUUGUUUCAGUUGUCAUGAUGCUAAAAUGUUAAGUAAUUGCCAACAAAAAUUGUAUUAAGGUCUAUUCUGUUGAAUUGAACAGAAAUGUCAUUGUCAUCAUCAUGGGUGGAAUUUGUACCGUUUCAUCAUUCUGGAAUACGUUUUAUAAUUACAAAACUACAAAGGUUCCUUGUGUUUUUAAAACGACUUCAUUAAAAAAAUAAAAUAAGAUUGACAACAAACCAAAACAGACUUUCCAAGUAUCACUCCUUUGAUAUUUAAAAACAAUACAAAGUUUAUGAAUACAUGGCAAUGGGUGGGCUAAAAUAGCAGAUUUUUUAUAUAACUGCUUAAAAUGAAUACUGUACAUACAUAUGGCUAAAGCUCCUCUGAAUACUCCUCAGGUAGUGAGUACAUCCCAGGCCUGCCCCAGUAGUCCACAGCCCGAAUUCUGUAAAUUCCACUCACCUCCUGGUCCCCUGAAGAACAGAACAUUAUUAACAUAACUCAUCUCCUACUGCUUACACUUAUGUCCUGGUACUGUAUUUUUCGAACUAUAAGUCGCACCAACCAAAAAUGCCCAAGAAGGAUUGAGAAAA